AUGCUCUCUGGAGAAACUAUAAUAGAGUUAAAACAGGUUAUAUCCAAUAAAGAUGAACAAAUAAAUGAGUUAAAUAAAAAACUAGAAGAUUUUGAUUCAGUGGUUUAUGAGAGAAAUGACUUACGUGAAAUAUACAAACAAUUUGAACAACAUUAUGAGAAAAGUAAAAUUGAUAGUAGAAAAUUGUUUACUGAACUCUUAACUAAGUAUGAAAUUCAAACUAAAACGCUUAAGAAAGUUGCGAAUGCAGAAUACCAAUAUGAACUCAAGAACGAGAAACUGGAAGAUGCCAUCAAUUGUAUGAACCAUCAAAUACAAACUCUAAAAGAAAAUGAAGAUAAAUUACAAUUAGAGUUAGCAGACUUUGAAACAAGAUUCAAAUGUGUUCAGAAUGAAUUAUGUACAAUUAAAUUGGAAUUAGAAAAAAAGAAUAGCAUGGUUAAAAAAUCGGAGAACAAUUUUAAUUGCAAAGAACAGGAACUCAAUAAAGUUAUCAGGGAACUUGAUGAGUGCAAAACCAAAUGCAAUAAAUUAAAUGAUACGAACAAAAAAUUGAAUAUGGACUUAAAUGCCACAAAAGAAAUUCUAUGCGACACAAAUAUAUCUGUCAAUCAUAUGGAGGAAACAUUUAAACUAGAGCGAGAACAUUUAUCAAACGAGUUGGAAAUUAGUUGUAAAAAAACUAACGACUUAGAGAUGCGAUACGAAUCAAAAAAACAGUUUCAAAAAUUACAUGAGGAUUUAUGUUGCUUGAAGGAAAAAGUCAAUGAGUUGGAGCAAGAAAAUGAUUGUAAAUGUAUGGAAAUAAGUACACUGAAAAGUAAACUCUACGAGAGGGAAGGUCAACUACAACAAAUUAAAUUAUUAUCAGAGAAAAUUGAACAAAUCGAGAAACAAAAAAUCGAAGCUCAUUGUUGUCUAACAGAGAAAACUAAAGUUAAUAAUUCCUGUGAACUGAAAGAUUCCACGACAGAUACGUGUUGUGGUGCAUCCAAAUCAGAAAAAGUUGCUAUCAAAAAUAAUGCCACAAAAUCGAAUGCAUGUAAUAAGAAUACUCAUAAAACCUUAUUGAAAAAUUUGAUAUAUGAGCUUAGAAACAUGCAACAGAGUAUUUUUUAA